AACAUUAGCUGGAUGCUGUCCACCGUUCAGCAACACAAAGAAGAAGCAAUGGGGCGGUGUGGUAACAGUCCACCAACCUGUCUGCACAGUGUGUCAUAGUUUACAGGCUGGCUUUGCUCAUUUAAGCGCCCUGUAGCUUGUCUAUUAUCCUUUUUUAUAACAGCCAAAUGAACCGACCGUCAACGUUACAGAACAACAGUUGAUACUCUCGCAUACAGAAAUGGCAGACGAUGAAAUAGACUACAAUAUUGUGUUUCCAGAUGCGGGAACAUCGGAGAGACACUGGCAGGGGACAAAGGAGCCAGUUGUGAUUCUGUUGGGCUGGGCUGGCUGCAAAGACAAACACCUCUCCAAGUACAGCUCCAUCUACAACGAACAGGGAUGUGUCACCAUCCGCUACACAGCUCCCCUGAAGACAGUCUUCAUCUCAGAGUCGUUUGGCUACAAGGAGCUGAGCAGUACGGCCCUUAAGUUGCUGGAGAUCCUCUAUGACUAUGAGGUGGAAAACAGUCCUAUUUUCUUUCACAUAUUCAGUAACGGUGGCUUCAUGCUGUACCGUUACAUUAUAGAUUUGUUGCACAAUGAUAAACAGUUCAGUUCCUUGUGUGUUAUUGGGGCCUUAGUGGACAGUGCUCCAGGUAGUGGGAAUGUUCGUGGGGCCCUGCGUGCACUGACGGCCACCCUGGGGCCCAAAAUAAUUCCAGUUUUAAGGUACGCCCUCUUAGCCCUUUUCGCAGUGACUGUUUUCCUGUUGCGAGUCGUGCUGUACCCCUUGACCAAGUACAUCCACAAGAACCACUACGACGCAGUGCAGGAGAGGCCGCCCGCCUGGCCUCAUUUAUACCUGUACUCCAGAGCCGACCAGGUGAUCAGGCACAGGGACAUAGAGCUCUUUGUGGAGACCCUGAAUCGGAAAGGCGUCCCAGUGGACACUUACGAUUUUGUUUCCAGUCCCCACGUCGGACAUUUCCGGGAUUUUCCUGAGCAGUAUGCUCUUAAGUGCCGCGAUUUCUUGGUUGCUUGCAUGAAGGACUUGAAGGAGAUGAAGAAGAGACAGAGGGUUCAGAAUCAAUAGAUAUUGUUAAGCACUUAACAACUUAAGUUUUUCUCAGUGGUCUGAAAAAUCGGUUCGAAAUGAGGCCGGACGUUUUUCCAACACAGCUGGAAUUUGAUCUAACAUAGUGCAGGAUUUUGACAAUGUUCUUUUCGUCCCAUUGCACGUAAUGGGAAGUUUCCACAGAUGUUGUCAAGGUGUACUAACCCAUGUCUGGAAACCCAGCCGUAUGAAACGCUAAUAAUAAGGACAAAAGGCCUAACUCUGCCUACUCAAAGUGUUUGCAACAGUCAUUAACCACGUGUACAAAUAACAAUAUAAACAAUUGCUUUACACUGGAAAAUAAAUCCUUUAGGGUCAUUUAAAUGGUAUUUAUUAUUGCUGUGAAAUGUGAUGAAUUGUACAUUAGUAGUAGUGAGUCUAAGAGCUAGGCUGCGUAUUGGAUAAUGAUCAUUUGUAUUUUCUAUUUAUAAUAAUUACAAUGUAUUUGUGGUUUUAAUUUCAAAAUGUGAACACAAGAGCGCUUACAAUGAAGACAACUGUCAAAAAUGAAUGGAAUUUGUUCAUUCAUUAAUUUUUUAUUAAUAUAAAAAGUGUCAAUUGUUGCCUUUUUUUUUUAAAUAGCAAAUGCCUUUUUGGUCCAUAAAUUGUAGAAUUCCCAGCCUUAAUAACACAAUUGAUUUACGUCAAGGAAAAGUUGAUUGACAAUGAAUGUAUAUGUCCAGCAAAGCUACUGUGUUCUUAUUAACGAAUGUGCCUUCAAUAAAUUGGAAAGCUCAAUGAAA